AUGUUUCGCGAUCCGGUCCUGCGGCGGUCCGUCGAUGAUGGGGACGAGCAUUCGCGAGGAGAAAGAAAGCCGCCAGGGCACCAAGGGGAACCUACGCCAGCAGCUUACCACAGAUCGCCGACACAAGCAGGCCAACCAUACCAACACCAUUCGCCAAACACACCAGCGCCCUUGCCUCUCCACCAAAACCUGCACCAUCCUCAUCAACACCCUCACCCUCCACAACACUCUCCCAACACCACCGAGCUGCCGCCCAUCAGCACGGCCCUCUAUUCUCGCGACACGUCCCGAUACUACGACCCGACUUCUGACAAUGGAGAGCGAGGUGUAGCCAGGGACCCGGCGCGUUACGAUACCACUACUCAAUACCCUGCACAGACUCGAUCGGCACAAUCCCCCUACGAGAAGGUCUAUCAGUCGCCCGUCACGACAUCCUACGCGCAUCACUCGCCGCUGCAGCGACCCCAUUCGCAACACCAGCACGUCGGCGGCAUGGAGGCCAUGUCUCACUCUCCCGUGUCGCCCUCGGUCUAUCAGUCGAUGAACCGAGGCGCUGUACAGCCGCCGCCAGACUACGCCAGGAGGCCGUCCUUCAAGGAAGAGGCACCGCCACCAACGCAAACGCGUGCUGACCCCAUGUCGCUCUCGAGUAUAAUGUCCUCUGGCGCUGACAACGAACCUCCUCCCAAGCCACAACCACUCCCCCCUGUCGCUGCCGACCCGUAUCAGACUUCAAAACCUGUACAUGCUUCUCACUUCGUCAAGCAAGAAGCAAUGGCGUCUCCCGCGCCUGUUGACCUACCUCACCAAGAGAAUGGUUAUGCCCCACAAGGAUUCGACGCUAUGCCGCCGGUCGGUAGCUUACAACCUCCACUGCAGUCUGCAACUCGCGAGUUACCUGCGCCAGACGAAGCCGAGAUUGAGGCUGCCCUAGCACAUAUCGAGACCAAGCAAAUGAGUGACAUUGACGAAUCGGCCGCCCCACGCGAUCUCGAGGAUUAUAAGCAAAGGAGCCAAAAGCGUGUUCUAGAAGUCGGAGUCGUGGAGGCCAACAAGCGCAAGAAGCGACGAACUGCUUUCUUAACACGUUACCAGGACGUGUCUGCUGCCCACCGCGACUAUGCCAAGCACUCUUACAACGUCGAGCACGAAGGCGACGCAUGGCAGCAGGUUCAGAGCCAAGAGAUUGCUGAAGAGAAAGAGCGCAAAAAGGAUAUGCAGCGCAAGCGAAGGCGAGAAAAGACCAUACAGAAUGAGGAGGCUAAGCGCGCUGAAGCCCUCGCAAAGGCAGGCCAGGCUGAGAACGAGGAGGAGAAGGAACGACACCUGCUCGCUGCACAGAAGGCCGAGCGCAAGGCCAAGACAACCACUCAGCUUCUGCAAGGUAAUGCCCCUAGCAAGGACAUCCGUGAGGUCACUCCACAUGGACCGAAUAUGGAGGGAGGCACUAUGAGUUCCUUCCAGGCUUCUGAUGACCUCGCGGGUGGAAAGCGCAAGGGCAACCGCGGCACCGGGCGUCUUAAGAAGAGCAAAGAGCAAAAGCAGGCUGAGAAGGAUGCUGCCGCAGCGGGUCAAGCCGCUAUAGACCGUGGAGACGAUCUUCCCAUGAUCGCACCGCGCGAAGAGGCGCGCCUUGAUUCCCUACGCGGCCGCAGCUACACAGAAGAUUUGGGUCCCGUCGUUCUGACUUCAUACGACUCGUCUGUAUACCGCAACCUUUACCACCAGAUUGUCAAAGACCUGGCCCGCAAGGAUGUUCCCAAGGUUGUCCGCAUCAAGGAGAACUCGCUGUCGACGAAGCAGUCGAACCUCCGGAAGACCGCUCAACUGGCUGCUAAGGAGGCCCGCCGAUGGCAGAUGCGCACCAACAAGAACCAGAAGGAUACGCAAGCUAGGGCCAAGCGAGGCAUGCGCGAGAUGCUUGCUUUCUGGAAGAGGAACGAACGUGAUGAGCGUGAAUCACGAAAGAACGCCGAGCGUCAAGAGUUGGAGAACGCGAAGAAGGCUGAGGCUGAUCGUGAAGCAAACCGACAGAAGCGGAAGUUGAACUUCCUCAUCUCACAAACUGAGCUCUACUCUCAUUUCAUCGGCAAGAAAGCCAGGACCGAUGAGAUUGAGCGUUCCACCGAUGACGCCGACGCUGCUGCAGCUGAUCCGCAGGCUUCAGCCAAACCUAGUAUUGAUGUUGGCGAAAUGUCAGCAGAAGGAGGCGCCAAGGUCACCAACUUUGAGGAUCUCGACUUCGACAACGAGGAUGAGAGCGCACUCAAUGCGGCCGCCAUGGCGAACGCCCAACAUGCUAUCCAACAAGCGCAAGACCGUGCCCGCGCCUUCAACAAGUCUGGCGACGAUGAAGAGGAUGGCGAGAUGAACUUCCAAAACCCCUCUGGUCUGCAGAACAAGGAAGACUGGAUCCCGCAACCAGGCCUUCUAAACUGUACGCUCAAGGAGUACCAAUUGAAGGGUCUCAACUGGCUGGUCAACUUGUACGAGCAGGGUAUCAACGGUAUUCUUGCUGAUGAAAUGGGUCUGGGAAAGACAGUCCAAUCGAUAUCGGUUAUGGCCUACCUCGCUGAGAGGUACAACAUCUGGGGACCCUUCCUUGUCAUCGCCCCCGCAUCGACACUACACAACUGGCAACAGGAAAUCACGAGGUUCGUCCCGGAUCUGAACGUCAUUCCGUACUGGGGUACCGCCAAGGACCGAAAGAUCCUCCGUAAACUCUGGGACAGGAAGCACGUUACAUACACCCGCGACUCGCCCUUCCACGUUGUUGUCUCGUCAUACCAAUUGGUUGUUCAGGAUGCACAAUACUUCCAGAAGAUGCGUUGGCAGUACAUGAUUCUUGACGAGGCUCAAGCCAUCAAAUCGUCUCAGAGUUCCCGAUGGAAGAGUUUGCUCGGCUUCCAUUCUCGUAAUCGGUUGCUACUGACGGGUACACCUAUUCAGAACAACAUGCAGGAACUUUGGGCUCUUCUCCAUUUCAUCAUGCCUAGCUUGUUCGACUCUCACGACGAGUUUAGUGAGUGGUUCUCCAAGGAUAUUGAGAGCCACGCACAGAGUAAUACCAAGCUCAAUGAGGAUCAACUGCGGCGACUACACAUGAUCUUGAAACCAUUCAUGUUGCGUCGUGUCAAGAAGCAUGUUCAAAAGGAGCUUGGAGACAAGAUCGAGCUGGACGUCUAUUGCGACUUGACAUAUCGACAGCGUGCUUACUACGCCAACCUUCGAGCGAAGAUCAACAUUAUGGAUUUGGUCGAGAAGGCAGUUGGAGACGAGCAGGAUAGUGCAACUCUUAUGAACUUGGUCAUGCAGUUCAGGAAGGUGUGCAAUCACCCUGAUUUAUUUGAGCGAGCCGAUACCUGGUCACCAUUCUCUUUCGCCUCCUUCGCCGAGACCGCAUCUUUCCUACGGGAAGGCCAGAAUGUCAGGGUCGGAUACUCAACACGAAACUUGAUUGAGUAUCCUUUGCCACGAUUUGUGGGCCGUGAGGGUGGUCGAUUGGAGCUUGCUGGACCGGAUAACCAAAAGGCUGGUUUCAAAGGACGCUACCUUGAUAACCUGAUGAACGUAUGGAGCCCAGACAAUAUCGCCCAAUCUGCCAGAGAAGCUGGAGCAUUUUCCUGGCUCCGCUUUUCCGACUUGUCGGCUACUGAAGCCUCAAGGGUCGCCAAGAGUGGUCUCUUCCAACGAGCUCUCGCUGCCGAGCAAAAGCCAAACAAGGUCGGCCGCUUCAACGUAUUCUACGACAACGACAACGGCGAAUGGGAACCAAAGCAUUCGAUGUUCAACAUUGUCGAUCGCCAGGAUCGUGCACCUUUGGCUGAAAUCACUGCCGAGGGACACAUGCAUGGCCUCUUCAAUGUUGCCCGAGCAGCCUUCGAAAAGACAGGCUUAAAUGUCAUCGAGCCCUGUGCCAAGCCCAAGGCAUCUGCGCCUCCAGUUGAGCUGUACUGCGCUAGUCAAGGUGUCAUUGCAGAGACACGAAACCUUUUCUUCAAUGCUCCUAUCCGUUCCGCGCUCUACGGUGUCUCGGAAGCGACCGAGCAUGCUCUGCUGGAAACCAAGAAGGAGAGCACUGCUUUAACUGUCAGCAACAGACUUCCACCACCCACAAAUGAGCGGACACGAUUCACUCACAUUGAAGCACCGUCAAUGUCACGCUUCGUUACCGACUCUGGCAAGUUGGCUCAGCUUGAUGCGCUAUUGAAAGAGUUGAAGGCAAAUGAUCAUCGUGUGUUGCUAUACUUCCAGAUGACUAGGAUGAUGGAUUUGAUGGAGGAGUACCUGACUUACAGGAAUUACAAGUACUGCCGUCUUGAUGGAUCCACCAAGCUGGAGGACCGUCGUGAUACAGUUGCUGAUUUCCAGAGCGAUCGGUCUAUUUUCGUCUUCCUCCUAUCGACUCGCGCUGGUGGUCUCGGUAUUAACCUGACAUCGGCCGACACGGUCAUCUUCUACGACUCGGAUUGGAAUCCUACUAUCGAUUCGCAAGCUAUGGACCGUGCUCAUCGUCUCGGACAAACACGACAAGUCACAGUCUACAGGCUCAUCACACGCGGUACUAUCGAAGAACGUAUCCGCAAGCGUGCCCUUCAGAAGGAAGAAGUGCAGCGCGUCGUUAUCUCCGGAGGCGGCGGCGCUGGAGUCGACUUCAACACCCGCUCCAGGGAAAACAGGACCAAGGACAUGGCAAUGUGGCUCGUCGACGAUGACCAGGCUGCCGAGAUUGAGAAGAAGGAGGCGGAGUUGGCCGAGCAAGAGAAGAAUGCGCCACCAGGCAAGAAGCGCAGCAAGAAGAAGCAACGGGCUGAGGCUAACCUCGACGACAUGUACCAUGAGGGCGAAGGACACUUUGACGAGAGUGCAAAGGCGAGUGGUGCUGCUACACCCAUCCCGCCCACCGAAGCCCCUGCAGGCGGCAAGCGCAAGAAGGGUGGGCUAAGCAAAAAGGCGAAGACAGCUAAGCAGCGUCUUGCUGUGGCUGAUGGAGAGGUAUAA